AACGCGCUAUUUCGUCAUCUGCGGAACAUGUCGGAAAUUCGGACUGUAAUGUGUCUAUACUAAAAGUUAGUAUUUCGGUUAAUAAUAUUGUGUUACACUACAAAUAGUUCCUUAGAGUAGACUAUACUAGAAAUUUCAGGGAGUCACAAAAUUUUGUACUUGGUAUUUUGUAAAGUGUUAAUCUCGGGGUUACCAUGGAAAUGAGCCCAUUCGUUCUUUUUACAGCCUUGAUAUAUAUUCAAAUCCACUUGUUUAAUCAACUGGAAAUUAUCUUUUUUUCUGUAAGUUGCCAUGCUGACUUAAUCAGCAAAAAAUUGUGAUAUCCUGGAUUUAAUUACGUGUAGGUGAUCAGAAAAUUUUUUUUGAAACAAUUGAUUGAAACAAUUGAAACAAUUAAUUGUUUCUUGCUACAGCAAAACAUCAAACUGAUUAUCAUGAUAGUCAGCUUGAUUUUAUUUAAACGACUUGUUGCAAAAUGUCCUCUGCACAUAAUACAAUGUAUUAAAAAGGACAGUGGUAUUUUUCCUCUCUUAGUAAAUUUUAUUGUUUUGAUCGUUUAUCACGUAUCAAGACUACUGUUUUCAUUUUGAUUGAAUUUAUUUCAGUUAAAGUAUCGUUUACUGUUUCUCAAUUGGUUUAUCGUCGGUACUCUUGAGUACCUUAUUUUCUACUGUAUCUGUUAGUACUUUUGGUCCUAACAAUCUACAGUUCUCCACUUUUAUUGUCAUAGAUCAUUUUUUUGUCUUUGAGCAUAAUUGCAUCUCGCUCUUUUUUCAAAAAGAACCCAUUUAUAAUGACCGGACAGUGCAAAAAAGCAGUUUCCAACGUCCGGGUUGUCGUUAUCCCGUUGAAAUCGGCAUGCAGUGCGAUCGGUGCAAAGGCUGGUACCACGAAGUUUGCACGAAUUUAAUGCCUGCGGCUUCAAAACGGUUCAGUAGAAAGGGCUGUGUAUGGCUUUGUCAAUAAUGCUGUUCGGAUGCAAACAACUUGCUAACCGAGGCCAUCUCACUGCUAGAUUCUGCGAAAAAGUGUUUUAGAAAGCGUAGUCGAGACAAAUCAAACAGCACUCGCUCUGUCGACACGCAAAUUGAUAUGAAGCAAACUCAGGUGAGUUCGAAAAUAGGUGACUCACACCGAUCAAAGAGGGAAAAACAGUCUCCAAAGAGGUCUGUCUUUAACAAAAACUCAAGAAAAGAAUGUUCUUCUGUUUCCCGUCAUUCAAAUGGCAUCCAGCAGGAAACGCCUAGAAGCCGCAAUCGCAAGGCUCGAUUGGUUUCUAGCGGGAAACAUAACCUGACCUCCCAAGUCGUCGACAACCCUCUGGAAUCCCACAGUAUGUUUGACGCAACUGUUGUUGCUUCUCCUAGCACCGUUGACGAAUGGGUACAGGUUGUAAGGUAGAAACAACGUAGCGAUAUAAACGACAAUCCUGCCCCCAUCAAAGUAGUCGAAAAAUCGAAGGCUGAUCACAGCGACAGAUCAGAUAUUUUUCAUAGAAUCAAGGAGAGCGAGAGCUCUGAACCAAAAGCUCGUUUUGAGCAUGACAUUGUGCUGAUUAAACAGCUACUUAAUCAACUCAUGCCUCAAAAUAUCACCGGGGUCACCUUGCUAAAGGUGUACAGACUAGGGAGUCUAGCGAACUUGAAACCAAAUCAAUCCAGACUGCUUAAUGUAGUAUUCGAAUCUUCGAACGAACGCGACCUAAUUUUACAGAAUGGACAUAAAUUAAAGGAUUCAGCAGUUUUUAUCCGUAAAGACUUGCCGUUGACAGACCGUGUAAAAAGAUGGGAAGCCGAAAAAGAACUACAACUUAGGUUAGACGCUGGCGAAAAGGACCUGACAAUUGUAAAUUUUCGGGUUGUAAGGCUUCGACAGAGAAUGAUGCCGAAGCCACUCUGGGUGAAGCACGAAGCCAUUUAAAUAGGCUUCGGAUCUGUUACACCAAUGCACGAAGCUUACUUAAUAAGCGAUCGGGACUAGGUGUACAGAUUGACUCUACAAAGGCAGACAUAAUCGCAGUAACAGAAACCUGGCUGACACAGUCUAUAGAUAGUAUGGAACUUGAUUUCGAGGGUUUUACGUUAGUAAGGGCUGACAGAAUACAAAAGCGUAAAGGAGGGGGAAUAGCCUUUAUUCAUUAGGAAUGCUAUUCCAUUAUCGACAGUGUAUCGCAUGAGAGUGGGACGUGUGAUUUAGUUAGUUGCCGCUUGAAAUGCAAGGGACAAGAGCUGCUGAUUGGUUUGGUCUAUCGCAGUCCAAGCUGUGAGGUAAAUAAGAUCCUGUUAAGCAGUCUCAAUACUUGGUCACAAAGUGGUCGAUGUCUAAUUCUAGGGUACUUUAAUGCACCAAUGGUACACUGGGUAAAUCUGCGAACUGAAUCGUCAGAAAAUUCCUUCGAGCAGGGACUGGUUGAUGCAGUUAUCACAUGUGCCCUAGUGCAACAUGUGCAAAAAGCGACAAGGUACGACCCGGAUGCUGAAUCAUCCUUACUAGAUCUUAUACUGACUCACUAUGAGGAUGAUGUUGCGAACCUCUAUUAUAUGCCACCCCUAGGUAAAAGUGAUCUCACAGUUCUAACUUUUGACUUCCAUAUAACUGUCAGUCACGAGCACCCGUCAGUCCAAUCCGGACCUAACGUCUGGAAAGCAAACAUACCAGUUAUCAUGCACUCAGCGUCGUUAGUAGAUUGGACAAUAGACCCAGAGUCCUCAAUUGAAACGGCCUGGGAUGCAUUUCGAAAUUCAUACUUAAGAAUCACCACACUCCACAUCCCUUGGACUAUACCAACGGGGCUGAGAAACUCCCCACCAUGGUUCAGUAGGGAGGUCCGCAUCCUUCUCCGUAGGAGAAGAAAAAUGUGGGAUAUAUUUAGGUUAAUGGGGACUGAUAGGACAAAAUCUCAGUAUCAAACAGCUCGGAAUACCUGUGCCUCGACCCUCCGUAAGUCUAGAAAGUUGCACGAAGAAAAAAUUGUUAAGGAAUCCAUAGAAUGUCCGAAACGUUUGUAUUCCUAUAUAAACCAAAGGACAAAGAGAAGAGGAAAUAUUCCCACUCUAUGGGAAGACAGCACUGCCGCAUCAUUAGUGGAGGACGACUUCGGUAAGGCCCAAGUGUUCUCGAAAUACUUUAGCAAUGUGUAUACCAUAGAAGCACCCUUCCCGUCAGUGUACACAGAUUCCCCUACACAUACACUGGAUAGCGUGACCAUUAAAGAACUCGAUGUCUUUGGUCUACUAAAUAAGCUUGACAUAGGUAAAUCCACGGGGCCCGAUGAAUUACAUCCUAGGCUACUGAAGGAAUUAUCUAACUUCGUUGCGAACCCUUUAAGUAUAUGCUUUAACCUAUCCGUAACACAGGGUCGUUUACCAAAAGAUUGGAAAAACGCCAUAGUAGGUCCUGUCUUAAAAACAGGUACGAAACAAAAACCUGCGAAUUACCGCCCCGUCAGCUUAACUAGUGUGGUUGUUAAAAUCUUGGAAAAAAUUAUUCGGAAGGAGCUGUUUAAGUACCUCGAUAAAAACCGGAUCCUUUCGGAGAAGCAGUACGGUUUCAGAAUAGGUUGCUCUUGUCUCACUAACUUAUUAGUGGCUCGUGAAAGCUGGUGCGCUCUUAAGGACCAAAAGUUACCUGUAGACACAGCCUUCAUUGAUUUCAGCAAAGCUUUUGACAAAGUUCCGCACAACUGGCUGUUAUAUAAGUUAAGAAAUGUCGGGAUUGGAAGCAAUCUAUUUAUGUGGAUAAAAGACUUCUUAGUUGGGCGUCAACAAAGAGUAAGGGUGAACUCAAAGUUAUCUAGCCGGGGAACUGUGCUUAGUGGAGUUCCCCAGGGUACAGUUUUGGGGCCAGUGCUAUUCCUCUUGUAUGUAAAUGACCUUCCUUGUCUCCUAUCAUCAUCGGUCUUGCUAUAUGCUGACGAUGUCAAGCUAUGGAGAACGAUACGAUGUAAGAGUGAUAGCUUAGAACUUCAAAAUGACCUGAAGAAGUUAUCUGAAUGGUCUCAAACCUGGCAGUCGCCGAUAAAUACUUCCAAGUGUGUUGUGAUGCAUAUCGGUCAUCAAGGUACAGAUAAAUACACGAUGAAUAACGCUGAGCUACCUGUCCUCCAGACAUAUAAUGACUUAGGAGUUAUCGUUAGUCAAGACUUAAAGACUACUGCACACUGCCGUGCAAUAGCCGCCAAAGGUUUUAGAACCUUAUGGUCAAUACGUAGAGCUUUUAGUCAUGUCGACGCUAAAACGUUUUUGACUCCGUAUACAGUGUUCGUUCGUCCUAAACUUGAGCACUGCAUACAAGCGGCUAGCCCCUGCUUAAAAAAGACAGUGCGCUUCUGGAAAAGGUUUAGAGAACGGCGACUAAGCUGAACCUUUUCCCGUUGCCAUAUCGCAGAACUAGAGGCGACUUGAUUGCAGUCUACAAAUUGCUUAGUGAUAAAUUUGCACCUGAUAUGCCCUCAUUUUUCUUGUCUCCCAAAUCAGAGAAUUUACGAAAACACUCC